GUAGUGACAUUCCACCUUUCAUCACAUUCCAAUAAAAUGUUUUUUACAAUUUUCUACAUGUAUGCCACAUUACUUCAACGGAUUAGACUAGGGAAUUUAAAAAACAAAUUAAACGGUACAUUGAAUUCAAAAAACGCACUUCUCGUUUGCGACGAAUCAGUCGUUCUUGAAUCAAAGCGAACAAGAAGUUUUGAAAAUUUACUUUUCCGGAAUGAUGAAAGAAUCGGAUGCACAGUGGUUCCGAAGCAAAAAAUAAAUUUAUCCCAAUGGCUAGGGUUUCCGAAGGAUAGCAGUUAUUUUCCUAUAUACUUCGGAAAGAAUGCGCCAAAAUUAGAAUCUCCACAUGUUUAUGUUUUAGUUCAAUCUAUGCUUGAAACUUACGUCAAACAUUCUGCAGAUAUUGUGCAGGUUGAAAAUUAUGGUGAAUUGAUAGCCUGGAGAGCUUCUGAUACUUUUGAUGCUAUCAUAAAGUCUGAUCUAAAUAAACUUACUAGGAUAGUUCAUUCUUUUUCAAUGAACAAUCUAGAUAUUAACCACGAAUUGAGAUUAUUAAGGAUUGAAACUGUUGAUGUAGAAGGUCUGCCCACCAGAAUUAAGUACGAUAAAAGGUUUGCCAAAGAAAAUGCUUUAAAAUAUUCGUACGCCCCAAUAUAUUGGACAAAGUUUGUAGAUAGCAUCAAAGAAAUUUAUGGAAAAAUUAGAGAUACAAAGAACCCAAAAAUAACUAUAGAAAGCGGGAAAUCCGAAGAAAAGAAAGUUCCAGUAAGCGAAGUGAAACCAAUAAAAAAAGAUGGUAAACGAUCGGAAGACAAAAAUACACUAGAAGUUGGUAGUGGAGAUUACAGAAGACACAAAUCUGGAGAACACCGUAGAGAAAAAAGUUCAGAAAAGCACAAAGGUGAAAGUACAAAAGCAGAAACAUCGUCCAAAUCAAAAGAAGAAAGUAAACAUCGAAAAACUGAAGAUAAGCACAAAACUAAAGAGGAAUCGAAAACAGAUGGAGACAAUACUCGGAAAGAGGCUAGAGAGGAACACAAAAGGAAAGAAAAGGAAGCUAAAGUAAAGAGGGAAACGGCAACGACUGAAGAAACUGUACCUACAAGGUCUUCUAAAGAGGCCAAAGAAAAGCACCAUAAAAGAGAAGAUAAGAAAGAACCACCAAAAAAAUCCAAAAGUAAUGUUGAAAAAUCAUUAGAAGCAGCUAAAAAGUCUGAAAAAUUAUUGUCAAAACGUUCCAGUUCUGACAAAAAAUUAGUUAAAACUGCGGCUCUCUGUGAAGAUGUAGAUAGUAGUCCUAAGGAAAAGAGCCACAAAUCCAAAGAUAUUUUAGGUGUUAGCAGUAGCAGCUAUAAGACUGAUAGUACUUCAAAUAAGCAACCUCGUAUUCAAUCCAAUGGACUCAUGAAGAGUAAGAACGUUAAACCGCCUAAUAUAUUGAUAUUUGCCGACAGUUUGUUGGCAAAAGAAAACGUUAAAUCCGUAUUUAUUAAUAUGUUAAAUAAAGAAAAGUAUGUUAUUUACGAUUUACCGACUGAUCCUAAGCAAUCCAUGUGGAACGAUUCCACUGCUUUAGUGGUGGUGUGUGGAAAUGUUCCACCGAAUUUGACAUCCCAAUUAUUACAGUAUUUAUUAGAUGGAGGUCAGUUGCUCUGUCUUUGUAGCGAUUUUCUUUAUUGUGUACUACAUACGUUUACAACAGCAGAGGUUAGGGAACACGAGUUGGUAAGAUUUAGUUACGGUCAAUGGACACAGGUGAAAAUGAUGCAUCACAUAUUUUGUUACCAAGCAUCGCCGACCAAAAAACAGUUCUCUAAAGAAUCGGACCAUUCAAAUCAAAGCAGCGGGAAUGGGUCCAGUCCAGUAGCACCAAGAACCCCAUCAGCCGUAGAAAUACAGCACAACGGUAAGGAUUACGUUAUACAAGUUCAAAUUCUUGGUACUGAGGAAACAUGGCAGACUCCGAGCUUAUUGUUGGCUACAGUAAAAGGGAGUCGUGGAAGGGCGAUUUUUUCUCAGGUCCAUUUGGAGAUUAAUCCGGACCAAUUUGAGGAUGAUGAGAAUAAGUUUAAGGCUUUGAAGGAAAGCGAUCAAGCAAGAAUUGAGAUUUUAAAAGAUAUUUUGGUGCAUCAAUUGAGUAUAGAUUGUACUGAAAAUAAGGAACUAGAAUAUACUCCUGGGUAUUUCUUGGGAAGGCAUGAUCUGAAGCUUAAAUUAUUGACAGAAUGUAAAGAUAUUAAAGAUAUGAGAUUGGAGAAUAGCAAAAUUGUAUUAAAAUUUUGUGGCAAGGAUGAGAAACCAGACCAAGCAACUUCCAAUUUUAUGCCAAUAUUUAUCCAUACGUGUCCUUCCAACUUUUCUACCGUAACAUACUUUGAAUCUUUAGCUACAGAAGAAAUCGGAAGGUUAGUGAUUUACUCCGAUGUAAUGACGGGAUCACAAAUUUUAUUAGAAAAAAAUCUUACCCACGGCAUAGUUGUAAUACCUAGGCAGCAGACUCAAGGAGUGGGUAGAUCGAAUAAUAAGUGGAUUAGCUCUAUGGGUAGUGCUCUCUUUUCUUUACAAAUAAUUAUUUCUUUGAAUUCUCCUCUCGGCAAAGCGUUGCCUCUAAUUCAACAUGUGACUAUGGUUGCUGUUGUGUCAGCUAUUAAAAAAGCUGUUGGUGACAGCGAAUUAGACAUUGGAAUAAAAUGGCCAAACGACUUGUAUGCUGAUAAGUCAGUAAAAAUAGGAGGAUUAAUCGUAAACUCACAUGUUCUAGGUGAUACCGUUGGAAUUGUUAUUGGUGUAGGUGUAAAUUUGGAUAAUGCCAAUCCAACAACAUGUAUAAAUGAUCUCAUUAGAAAAAGAAAUGAAGCUAAAGGAACUAAUCUGAGACCUAUAUCAUAUGAAGUCUAUUUUGCCUCGGUAUUUAAUGAAUUUGAAAAACUAUUUCUUACCAUACAGGAAGGAAACAUGGAUGAUUUUUAUGACCUCUAUUAUCAAUACUGGUUGCAUAACAAUAGUGAUGUGACUGUGCAAGUGUCAAAAGAUGAAACCGAAAAAAUGCAUAUAGUGGGUAUCGAUGAUGUCGGAUUCUUAAAAGUUAGAAACUGUGAAGGCGAGAUCAGUACAAUCCAUCCCGAUGGCAAUAGUUUUGACAUGUUACAAGGCCUUAUCUCGCGAAAAAUGUUUUAG